GGCGGACCCUAGGCUUAGUUGACAGAAAGCUCCCCGAAUUACCCCAUCACUUCAUCUUCCUUGCCAUUACGAAGUCCACGAUUGUUUCCAUAGGUAUCCUGCAGCGAUAUCUUUUCUCUCCUUAAUCCCCAGCCGAACACACAUAAUUUCAACAAUGGCUUCCGAAGGUUCUGCUAGCGGCUCCUCUGUCGUCCGCCCCUCGUCCCCUACUCCCCCCGGUGGUCCCCGUACCGCCAUCCGCAGACGCGCUGCUGCCGACCAGAAGGAGAAGAUUGCCAAUGCUAGACCUAGCAGCACGCGCGCCGCUGGCGCCGGCGGCUCCAGCAGCACCAUGCUCAGACUUUACACUGAUGAGUCUCCCGGCUUGAAGGUCGACCCCGUCGUUGUCCUUGUUCUUUCUCUUGUCUUCAUUUUCAGCGUUGUUGCUCUUCACAUUAUUGCUAAGCUCACCCGCCGAUUCUCUAGCUAAAUGGCUACCGCAGCAACGGGACGGAGAGAGAUGGAUUAAGCACACAACAUGUCGAUUAAAAUGUUAUGGAAGAACGACAGAGCGCAAAUUGAAUGACCGCAAAACUCGACUUUCGUUGCACACUCUGAAUCGACCAAGAACUACGCCACCAGAGAGUUGGGAAACCAAUCUUAUACCACCUUUUUUUUUUUAAGUUUUGAUGGAAGAACCUGGUAACUACUGGCUUCGGACACAUGACGUUUUGUAUUAUAUAAGGAAACUGGGAAACCUAAGGUCACAGAGAAAAUAGACGAUGCAGUUCUGAUUCAUUCAGGGCCUACUAUGCGUCGACGCGAUGCAGUGAUGAUGUGCUACUAUUAACAAAACAAAGUGACUUGCGACCAAUGCUGACAACUUCUUCUGGUUCUUAUACGAACCUUGUAUCAAACUGGUGACCCAACUGUGACUAUUUACAUCCGAAGGAACGGAUGUGCGAGGGGCUAUGCGAACAAGGCACCGCGUAAUUACCGUGCAUGUGCCGCCCAGAAGUGAAGCUUUGCGAUGUAUAACCAUCUCGCUUUUGUCCAGGAUACCGAAGAAAUUGAUCGCCAGUGAAAACAAAAAGGC